UCUGUCCAGUGCUCGUACGUUCCUCCAUGUGAGAGGGACAACCAGAAGAACAAGGACAACGUUCUGUGGUGGGAGGACUACUGGACUAAAGAGGUCAGCUCCCAAUCCUUCACCUGUUUCUUCAACCAGCAGAGAAGGCCUGACGACGUACUGUGGCGGCGCUCCCACGACGCCAGCGUCCUCCUCCACUGCGUCCUGUGGCCCAUGGUGAGCCUGCUGGUGGGUACCCUCAUCGUCCUUCUCACCGUGUGCGCCCGCAGCCUGGCCGUGCGCGCCGAAGCCAUCCAAAAGAGGAAGUGCUCGUACGAGCCGGCAGGCAACUCAGAGCAGAGCAAGACGCCGCCCAACACCAACACCGCCUCCUUCCGGACCCUGCCGAUGUUCGCUGUCCCUGUCCGACGCAGAGACCGGGAACAGGAACACUAGAUGGAUGGAUGGAUGGAUUGAUAGAUUGAUAGAUUGAUGAUGACUGUGGUCUCAGUGGUGGCUGUUGUGUGAUGAGGACCUCAUAGAAGCGGGGAAUGUUUGAACUUCCAAUUAUGACUGUUCUGAACACUCUCAUUCCGCUGGACUGGACUCGAGGCUCAUGCACCAGAAAUGCUUGUCUGUCUUGUCUUGGUGUGUUUGUCUACUUGUGUAAGAGCCAUUUUGUCAGUUCAACUCUCAGCUGGUGAGGACCUUUUCUAAUGCUAUGUGUAUUACAAUGUGUUGGUUAUGUCUAUGAAUAAGCAAAAAUCCAAAAAGGACAAUGCCGCUUUCUGUCACUGGUCAUGUUUUGGACAGGUCUGUGUUACGUGUUGAACCUCUGUGUCUCUGUGCUGAUUGUAAUGUGGUUCGCGUUUACUUCACUAGCCGAGCUCGGUCUCAAAGUUCAGAGUUCACUGACCUACAAACAGGAAAUGUCUGUUAUCUUUGAACACUCUUUAACUAGACUCUUCAUUGCAAACCCCUGGUCGUAUGAAAGGAGGGAUCGUGAGGGCGUCCCGGGCCAGGACCACCUGAGAAGAAUCUUCAACACCAGUUACACAAAAUGUCAGUACUUUGUUCAGAGAGAAUGCGGUGAAAGGAAUUCUGGGAGAGUCCUUCUAAUCUCUGGGACGACAGAGCCAGAAGCAGACCUUGGUCUGAUCACCCCCAGCAUGAUGUACUGUCUUCUUCUCUAGGUGGUAUUAGGAAGUGUUUAAAUGCCUAUGUCACUGUUACUGUUCUUUAACACCCCGGGCCACGAUUUAAACAAAUCGCAACAAUGUGUUUAUUACUUUUAAAGGCAUAUUACGGUUUGUUUUAAUCCGGUUCCCCCUCUCUCUCCUCUCUGUACCACCUGCCUUUUACUAAACCUGUUUCUAACAAGGCUUCUUUAAGACAUCUGUCCAACUACAGCCAACCCAACCGCCAUGGACGGAAUAUGUCUGUUGUUCAUUUUCAGGUGGUUGCCGCAGGACACGUUUGAACCUAUUUGGUCCCGAUACAAUAUGUAGACUGGGCCACGGACAGUUGGUCUGGGUUCAAUAUGUAGACUGGGCCACGGACAGUUGGUCUGGGUUCAAUAUGUAGACUGGGCCACGGACGGUUGGUCUGGGUUCAAUAUGUAGACUGGGCCACGGACAGUUGGUCUGGGUUCAAUAUGUAGACUGGGCCACGGACAGUUGGGCCACGGACAGUUGGUCUGGGUUCAAUAUGUAGACUAGGCCACGGACAGUUGGUCUGGGUUCAAUAUGUAGACUGGGCCACGGACAGUUGGGCCACGGACAGUUGGUCUGGGUUCAAUAUGUAGACUAGGCCACGGACAGUUGGUCUGGGUUCAAUAUGUAGACUAGGCCACGGACAGUUGGUCUGGGUUCAAUAUGUAGACUGGGCCACGGACAGUUGGUCUGGGUUCAAUAUGUAGACUGGGCCACGGACGGUUGGUCUGGGUUCAAUAUGUAGACUGGGCCACGCACAGUUGGUCUGGGUUCAAUAUGUAGACUGGGCCACGGACAGUUGGGCCACGGACAGUUGGUCUGGGUUCAAUAUGUAGACUGGGCCACGGACAGUUGGGCCACGGACAGUUGGUCUGGGUUCAAUAUGUAGACUGGGCCACGGACAGUUGGGCCACGGACAGUUGGUCUGGGUUCAAUAUGUAGACUGGGCCACGGACGGUUGGUCUGGGUUCAAUAUGUAGACUGGGCCACGGACGGUUGGUCUGGGUUCAAUAUGUAGACUGGGCCACGGACAGUUGGUCUGGGUUCAAUAUGUAGACUGGGCCACGGACGGUUGGUCUGGGUUCUGGGACAAAACCUGGGAUAGGUAGUUUGUCUGUGGUUGGAUAGAUGUGCAGAUGCCUUGACUGUAGCAACUUCCUCUGCAGUCUGUCUUCUGUCUUACCUUCUGUCAGUUAAUGGUUU